GUUUUGUUUCCUGCGGCUGCGGCGACAGGUCAGACAGAGCUUCCCUUCCUCCCGCUAGCUCGGGGCGGAUCCAUCCACCCGGCGGGCCAUCUCUCAUCUCUCUGGGGCGCCAUGUCGGAGCACGCCGCCCCGGAGCUACCCAAGAGGUGCCACCACUGCGCAGGGCCCCUCUCCAAGGACAUGGAAACUAGCAGCUGGACCGUGACUCCAUUGGUUCGAGAUAGCUUCUCAAUGAUUGGUUCCGCUGUUGGGGGUACUGCAGGCGCGUUUUAUGCGUUUAAUCAUGCUAUGCCUGUUGUUCGGCGUUACAUAAAAGGGCCAAUGUGGAUGCAUUUUCUUGUUGGUGCCCCUCCAGUUGUUGUAUUCUCUUCUGCGUGUGCUGGAUUAGCAGCUGGUACAAUACCAGCCCUUGCACAACUGGUUUCGUCGUCCUGUCAUGCCGCCAUGUCAUCGCCCUCCUUCGCCCGCCCUGCUUCUCCCGAUGACAUGCACAAGAGCAGAGGCUCCUCGCCAUUGUAAUUUACUAGCGCAACCGACCAGCUACUGUAUUGUACUGCUCGAAGAAUUCUGUGCCACCUUAUAAAGGAUGUAAAUGUUAAGAUUUCAUGCAGGAGGAUGUUUUAACUGACAUGUGCUCCUUUCACUUAGUUUUCGUUGGUAUCUAUCUCUAUGUAUAGGUUAUGCCCUCUAUCUUGUGUUAAUUUUUUGUAUUAAAAUAAGUAUUGCAGCGUUGUUAACCAGCUUAAACCAGCCUUCAGCUAUUUUCUUCUGCAAAAUGAAAUCAUGCGUUGGUCUA